AUGGAUAUUGUACAGGCAGCCGUCGGCUAUGUCAACCGUAUGGUGACGGCUGGCGGUGGCGCGUCCGGUUCAGGAGCGCCAUCAGCCAAGAUGAAGAUCCUUCUCCUGGAUCGAGACACCCUGCCCUUCAUUUCGACUGCCGUCUCACAGUCAACCCUACUGAACCAUGAGGUUUAUCUUAUGGACCGUAUCGACAACCAGAACCGCGAGAAGAUGCGUCAUUUGCGUUGUUUGUGCUUUUUGCGGCCAACUUUAGACUCCGUUGGUCUCCUGGUCGAUGAGCUACGCGAGCCCAAAUACGGGGAGUACCAUCUGUUCUUCAGUAACGUUGUCAAGAAGUCGACUCUGGAGAGGCUGGCUGAGGCAGAUGAUCAUGAGGUGGUAAAGGUUGUUCAGGAGCUCUUCCUAGACUAUUCUGUCAUCAACCCAGACCUGUUUUCGCUCAACAUGAGCUUGCCAACCCACCGGCUAUGGAGUGGGAGUCCGGACAUGUGGAACGCAGACUCAUUGCAGCGUGCAACGGAAGGUAUCAUCGCUGUCCUGUUGAGCCUCAAGAAGAGGCCGUUGAUUCGCUACCAGAAGACCAGCGGCUUGGCCAGGAGGUUAGCCCACGAAGUGCGGACCUUUGUUUCCAAGGAGGAACAAUUGUUUGACUUCCGCCGGGUCGAUACGCCCCCCAUCCUCCUUAUCCUCGACCGUCGCGAGGAUCCAGUUACUCCAUUGCUCAUGCAAUGGACCUACCAGGCCAUGGUGCACCACCUGCUGGGGAUCAACAACGGUCGUGUUGACAUGAGCAGCGUGCCGGACAUCCGGCCUGAACUUAAGGAGAUUGUCCUCUCACAAGACCAGGACCCCUUUUUCAAGAAAAAUAUGUACCUCAACUUUGGCGACUUGGGCAGCAACAUCAAGGAUUACGUCGAGCAGUACCAAUCUCGCACCAAGAGCACCCACGACAUCGAGUCCAUCGCCGACAUGAAGCGUUUCAUGGAGGAGUAUCCUGAGUUCCGUAAGCUGUCGGGCAACGUCAGCAAGCAUGUCACCCUGGUCUCUGAGCUCAGUCGGCGUGUCGGUGCUGAGAACCUGCUGGAGGUGAGCGAGCUGGAGCAGAGCAUCGCUUGUAAUGAUAAUCAUUCCUCUGAUCUCAAAACCCUUCAAUCCCACCUUUCCAAUCCGAGCAUCCCCCCACAGAACAAACUCAUCCUGGUCGCCCUCUACGCCCUACGCUACGCCAAACACCCUUCCAACUCAUUGCCCAUCCUCCUUGACCUGCUCACGGCCGCAGCUGGCGUCCCUGCCCGCCAGGUUGCGCUGAUUCCAAAACUCCUGACCUACCACCGCAGCCUGCAUGCCGCACAGCCCGGCGCAGACAGCAGCGGCGUCGAGUCAUUGUUUGAGACAACCCCCGGCACGGUAGUCGCUAACCUCUUUGGCGUCGGUUCCUCCGGAGGUCGUUUCAAGGGCCUAAAGGGCGUCGAGAAUGUUUACACGCAGCACUCGCCGAAGAUGGAGGGUACCCUUCAUCAACUGGUAAAGGGACGCCUACGCGAGUCGCAGUUCCCAUUUGUGGAUACCACAUCAGCCGGGCCUGGGGCGUCUUCAGGAAGCACAUCUGGCCUGGGGUCGGUGACAAAGGAUAAGCCGCAGGAUAUUAUUGUUUUUAUGAUUGGUGGUGCUACAUAUGAGGAGGCGAAGUUAGUUGCGGGGAUCAAUGCUUCGGUGCCGGGGGUUCGGGUCGUGCUUGGAGGGACGAGUGUUGUGAAUGCGAAAGAGUUUUUAGCGGAGGUUGAGGAUGCGGUCGACGGUUGGGGAGGAUUGGAUUUAUCUGGGGGGAUAGGGAGCGGUGGUAGUGGUCCAGGCAGUGCUAGGAGAAGGUAG